CUGGUUCUACCGCACGUUAAAAAAAUCUCAGAUUGCAAGAGCCAAAAACAAAAAAUACGAAACGGAAACCCAAAGUCUCAAAACUCACUCUUCAGCGCUUCCCUUAUUUCUCCCUGGCGGAGAGAGAGAGAGAGGAAGAAAAGCUGCAGAACUGAGAGGUGCUGACCAGCAAAUGAUAACAAGUUCUACAUUUUUAUAGCUUUGCUUUUUGGAACAGCAAGAACAUGAGAGCUCUGCCUAAUAAAAGGUCGCAUGAGGAGGGCGGAAAUGGAAGUGGUGGUAUUAGUGGCAGUCAUGGAAGUGCUCUGCUCCAAAGUUCCAGCAUGAGGAUUCCAGCACGUUCCCUGGUGUGAUGGGUAGACUGGAGUCUUCAACCUUGGGUGAUUACCAUAGUCAUUAUGACAUAGGGCAGGAUGCUUGGAUGCCUAAGCCUCCUGGGACUGAAUCUCAUGAUGCAGAUAGAAGAUCACCUUUGCUUCCAAUGUACCGAGUGCCAUCAUCUUCAAAUGACUUUUAUUCGGAUCACCCUUCAGGUUUUGAAAGCAGGUUGGAAUUUUGAGAUACCAAGGAUGGAACUAAGGACCCUAAAUUUGAGAACUGUGAAAGUAAUGUUGAGCAAAGGGAGUUACAUAUAGGCAGUAGGCUUGAUAAGGAUGUGAAGUUUGACAGCAGAGGAGAUGACAAUAAAGCAACCAAGCAUGAAAGGGAAACAUAUCCAGAACACAGAGCUGACAUAAAUGGUGGGGCAAGCAACCAUCCGAACUGGAAAAAUGCAAAUUAACAACACGGGCAAAAGGUAUCUGAUGCCUCUGGAGGGAAUGUGGAUCCAUGGAAAGCAUCACGAUCCAAUUUGCAUGGCCCAGUUGAGGGCAUAAAGGAAUCCACAAAUGUGGAGGAGAUGGAGUAUGCUGAAGCAUGUGAGGCUGUUGCAGAGAACAAGGUUGAUUUUAAAGGGAAGGAUAAGUUGAAAGAGAGAGAUAUGAAAAGGAAAGAGGUAAAACAAAGGGACUGGGGAGAAAGGGAUAAAGAAAGAAAUGACUGGCGAAACACUUUGCAGUUGUGCAGCAAUAGCAUUAGUGAAAACAAAGAGCCAAUGCGGGAAGAGAGAGAAGCUGAGAGGUUGGAAAAGGAGAGGAUAGAUCUUUUGAGAGAAAAGGAGAAAGUAAAUGAAAGAGAAAACGAUUUUAUGAAAAAGGAAUCGGGGAAUGGAUCUGAAAAAGAAAGUCCUCGCAGUGAUAAGGAAAUGUUAAGACAUCCCCAGCAGAGCUGCAGAGCAAGAGAAUCUAACAUCAGAAUUAAAGAAAUAAAAGGAUAAUGAUAGUUGGAAAAAUGUUGACAGGGAUCCUAGAAAGAUGAAAAAGGAAAGAGAUGCAGAGGAGGAAGGCGAAAGGUAUGACAAACUCAAUAAGAAUCAUGACAAGGAGUCAGACGAAGGAUGUGGUGAAGAUGAAGGAGGUGCAGAAAGGGAGAGAGAAGUUUUUAAUAUGGAGUUCAGCAGUGUAAGAGGAUGCUUAGGCCAAGGGGUAGUCCUCAACGUACUCAUCGUGAUCCUUGUUUUAGGUCUCACAAUCAAGAUAAUGAAGGGCACAUUGGUCCUCCAAAAGAUCUUCCAUCUAGGACAGAUCUCACUGAUCUACUCGUUUCUCUUGUCACUGAGAUGCAACAGUCUCAAGGUAAACCUGAUUUGUCCACCAGUGUUUAUAAAGUUGGUGAAUGUGUGCAAGAGCUAACUAAAGGAUGGAAAGAAUAUGAAGCAUCUCAAGCAGAUAAGAUGUCUGAAAGUUCUUCAAAUGGUCCUACUCUAGAUAUUUGGAUACCAUCUGAGCAUGUUUCUGCAGCAAACCGCCAGGUAAGAGGUAACCAGCUGUGGGGAACAGAUAUAUACACUGAUGAUUCGGAUCUUGUUGCUGUUCUUAUGCACACUGGCUAUUGUCAUGCGACUGCAUCACAGCCUGAAGCUACUAUUCAGGAGUUACGUGUCGCUAUCAGAGUGUUACCUCCACAAGAAUCUUGCAGGAGGACUAUUUAUCUGGCUGCAAAAGCCCAAUAUUGCCCCAGAAGGUGCAGUGACCAAAAAAUAUCCCAAAUGAAGUGCAUGCUGACAAUGAAUGAUUUAGAUAUAGAUUUUGAGCUUGAGCAAAGGAGGGUCAAUUUCUGAUAUACAGCGGUGUCCUACACAUUCAUCUUUUAUGGAGCCUACUCUUGCCCCAGUUGCUGUUGAGCACAUGACUACAAGGGCUACAGCUUCGAAUGCAUUACAACAACAAAGAUUUGUACAAGAAAUUACUGUACAGUUCAACCUAUGUGGUGAGCCUUGGGUUUAAAAUUCAACGGUUGCCUUUGCACUUCACCGGAAAAAUUAGCCGCCACCCACCUCUGUCCAGGCAAUCCCUUUGCGCCGC